AUGAAUACUGGUGGUGGAUUCUUUAGCAAGAUUAAAGAGAAUUAUAGUACCAAAUUUGCUAAUUUAUCAUUAACUACUGAGAAAGAUGGUAAUUCAGAAGAUGAUACUUUAAUACAUAAUGCAUUUGUAAAAUAUUUUGAUUCAAAAGGUGAACCAUAUCCAGAUUGGUUAGGUGUUAAAGCGAAAGAUUAUCAGACAACACAAGGUCAAAAUCAAGCUCAUCCAUAUAGAGAACAAUUACAAACUAGACAAAGUUAUUCAAACUCUCAAUAUCAACCUGUACGUCAUAAUAAUUUAUUUAAUAAUAGUUAUCAACAAAGAAUGCAACAGCAAGCUCAACAACAACAAGCUCAACAACAGCAACAAUCUCCAAGAACUCCUCAAUUAUCUGCAUCUUCUAAAGAUUCUGCACCUACAUAUACUAGAUCUUCAAGUAGAUUAGCAGAAAUGUAUAAUAAAUCAAAGCAAACAGAUGUUCCCGGUCAAGUCUACACAAAUAGAUAUCAAAGACAUUAG